AGGAUGAGUAUAGCAACCAUAUAUUUGCAUCGUCCCGGGUAACGAUUCUGUUUGUUUAUUCAGAAAAAGUUUUGCCCCGCGCUUGUGGAGAAAAACGAAAACGGCAUUAGUGUAUUUACAUUCACAACGAGAUCACCACUAACAUUCCUCCCAUCCCGACAAGCCAUCAUCCGUCGUAUAUCACCCACUCGUCAGACAGAGAGAUCAUUUUUGAGCCCAACAUCCAUCGUUACGACAGCUACCAUAUCGUUCACCAAAUCCCAGUUAUAUCAAAAUGCACAAAUUAACCGAAUUUGAAAAACCACUAUAUUCGAGAGUGCCGGAACAUCCUGGCGUAUGGAAGUCACAAUGUUACAGACCGGAACCAAUAAGGGCAGCCUUCGAUUCAAGUGACCCACACUUGCUGGAUCAACACUGUUUCAAAAAUCUCUUCCUGGAAACGCCUCAUGAGCUGCAUCUCUCCCAACAACCGCACAGUGAGUCGUAUGCCGAUUUCGUGUCUCGCAUGGCCGAAAUAAAAGGUGAACGUUACAGGAAUGUGUAUCGGGAAAUGUUUGAAGGGAAAGAUCUGGGAACGGAGUGCCUGAAACAGGAGAAGAUCAAUGCGAGAAGUACAACUUAUCGAAGAGAUCAUUGUCAAUCGAAUAGGUCAGUUAAUUCGAUCGACAUAAGACGACAAAAUAUAAGAGCUGGGAAAUAUAAUUUUUCCGUUCCCGAAGGAUGGACCUUCAGAGAAACAUCGUCAGCGUCUGCUCAUCGCUCCUGGUCAGAAUUUGCAGCACUACUAAAAGCUAUUGAAUGUAACUCUACGAGUGACACACCAAUUUUAAACAAUUUCUGAAAAACAAGAAAAUUUUUCUUUAUGAGGCUUUGGUAAGAAAAUCAUCGAUGCAUUCAGAAACUCC